GAGAUUAGCUAGUGAGGUGAUGCAUGGUUUGGCUUAAAACACGAACGAUAUGAGUUUUACUAAUACAUCCAUGUCCUGUAAUGUUUAAAAACAAUAUAACGCUUCGUGGAGCGCGUUACUUGGCAUAGAGGGAGCCGCAGUUAGGCGGGUUGCUGAGAGCUGCCUGAAGUGUUGGACAGCCAUGUCUCUCCCGAUGGUGUCUGUGGGUGGCGGACAGCCCCUCUUCACCGUCGAGCAGAUUGAGCUCAUCCGACGAUUGAGGAACAGUGGCAUCACCAAGGAGCAGGUGAUCCAGGCCUUUGAUGCGUUCAGCCGCAUCGACGCUGAACUGGGUCACCUCUACACUGUCCCCAAGUGUCUGGCGCCAGUGGGCACCAUGAAACUAAACCAGCCAACACCUUGUCAGUCGGCCAAGGCAUCAAGUUCUACUGAGGUGUCAAGGGUCAAGCGACGUCGUGAUGAUAGCUUUGAUGAGGAGGGAGGUUUUGGGGAGGAUGAGAUUGUCAUACAUUCCUUCGAGGAGCGUGAGUUGGUCAGUCCCCAGAACCACAACUCUCUCGGUAUCGAUGAUGACCUGAAAGCCAGGCUGGAUGAUUUCAUGAAAAUGCCAGCUCCGAAGCGACUUGAAGAAAUCAUCACCAUGGUUACAAUGGCUGGUGUCGGGGUGCCGAUCAUUGCUGACAAAACAGGACUGACCGUCUCCACCAUCAACCGCUUCCUCCAGGGGGAGACUGUGGACAUCUCCAGCAACCAGAGGCGCUCCAUCUACAUCUGGUACCUCAAGCAGCUUCAGAAGGCCGGCACCACCACAUACAUGCCGGCCAAACCUGCAAUGUCAAGGCCGCAGGCGGCCCUCGUACACCGGAAGGGGAUGGGGCAGCCAGUCGUUCAGAUCAUUCCCAGCAUCAGGACACCAGAGAUCAGUCUUGAUAGCAGCACACUGGACAGCCACUUCACCAUCAUCCAUGGCGGUGAGCCCAUACCUCGCCGUGAGCGCUUCACCUUCCGGGAGAAGCACAUCGAGAUCCUGGAAGAAGCAUUCCGAGCCAAUCAGUACCCUUCGAACGAGGAGCGCGAGCAGAUUGCCAUCACAUGCAAUGAUGUCAUGAAGGUCAUAUCAGGACGGAGACUGUCGGAGAGGGAGAGGGUCACUGCCUACAUCGUGUCAAACUGGUUCAACAAUCGCAGGAAGGAGGUCAAGCGACUUGCAAGAGAAGAAGGUGUCUCCUUUGCUGACGUAGUCCUCCCAAGUCGACUGAAAUCCCGCCAACUAGUCCCCAACUCUGACUCUCCCCUCUCGCACGACGAUCUGGUCCCAGGUGAGCCCGACGGCAGUGACAGCAAUCAGCUUGACUACGCCACCAUCAACAAGAUGCUGUAUUCCCUGGAGGGGGAGGAUGAGAAGGUUGUCAUCAAGCAGGAACCUGCAGAUGAGGACUCCUGACAGGCUACCAUCAAGCUGAAUGAAAGAGGAACAAGCAGAUGUCCCUUGACGGCCCACGAUCAGGUUCCUUGACGGCCCAUGUGUCCGGCUGGUCAUCAGAAGGGUGGACGUGCCCAUGCCCAUGUGUUUGGUUAGAUGUCACAACAUGUACUUUGAUGUCCUUAACAAGACAACUCACGGACUCCCUACAUGUCGCAAGGAGGAGACCUAUGAUGAUUCAUGUGGUUUGUUCAGGAUAAUGUGGUAGCAAUUGGAUUUGGGUCCGAUUUUGUUAGGUGACGGCUUAAGGAUAAUGUGACAAAGGAUAAUGUACAGAUCUGGUUAUCUACCACUGACAAAACACUAUAUAUCAUAUAACAAACAGACUUGUCCAAGUCAAGAAAGGAAUUAAUGUUUGAUAUAAAAGUGGUAUCGUGGUUUAGCUGGACAGCAUUCAUUGUCAACAUGUCACAUAGUAACAAGUUGUUGUAAUAGU